CAAAUAUGUAUUGUGUCAAACACUCAAACACAAGAAAUAUGCCGUUUACACACACAGAGAGGGCUCGGUCAAUACAAGCAAAAUAUAAGUAAAAUUCGACGUAAAUUUCCGAGUUUUGGUCUUCUACUCUGUAAAUUUGCCAUUUCAUUUUUUUUCCUCUUUCAAUAAAUUGCGGGGGUGAAGACAGGUGUCAAACAAAAAUGAAUUCCAUUUUUCAAACAAGUUGUGCACUGCAACCAGUUAAUGUAAUCGGUCAUUGGUCCAAACACUCAUGAAAGCAAAUAAAAAAUUCCGAUUUGAUGAUCAUAGAUUCCGAAUUUCUAAGGCAUGCUUGCCCAAAGUUCACAUUCCUCGGAUCAACCAAACCACAGAAAUAUUUCGGAAUUUUUCGUGAAAAGUCACGUGAAAUCCAGCGACUUUUUUGCAAAGUGUUCCUUUCACCAUUUCUCAAAAAAUGAACUCUACAGCGAACUCGGGACUGCAAACUGUUGUCCGUGGAGAAGGGUAUUUGCUGGCCCAUUUGUUCUUCGUGGUUCCAGUCAUUGUGCUCCAGGUUCAGUACAUCAUGAGUGUUAUCCGGCGGAGAAGACUGAAGAAGCAAUUCCGAGCGGUUAUCAGGAAUAAUGAUCGAUCUCCAGCCAAUCCAGAUGGCAUUAGUGAUAAAUCUGAUUAAUUUUUGUUUUUUUUUUCCGAUAAAUUAUUUUUUAAUUUG